UAAACUGGACAAAGUGAGAUGGAGGAGUGAUAUUUGAUUAUUUCAUGCGAAGUUCAAGGUUUUGAACUCGUUAAAGUUUUUUAGGAUACCUGCUGAUGGACCACAUCUGAGUUUUGAACUCCGAACCUAAAUUUGUAUCACUAAUUUACUAAGUUCUUUUCUCUUAUUUAAAAAUAAUAGCUAUGCAAAAACCCUGAAAAUCCUUGGUUGCACGGUUGGAGAUAUGGAAUGAAUGAUCAAGCACGGAGGAUUAUGAUCUGACGAGAAAAUGCGAAAUAUUUGAAGGUAUGGUAAUUCGAGAUACAAAAUUGCUGAUUUAUUUACUAACAUAUGCCAAACACUGUCAUGUCGAAUAACUACGCGAUACAGUUUGCAACCAAUGUAUUCCAACAAUUUAAAAACCAAAUAUCCUGUAAUGGAAACAAUUUUUUUUGUAGCAAUGGACUUGUAAUAACAGGUCGUAGUUCAAGCUCAUUUCUGAAUAAAGAGUGUUUUUAUAGCUACACCCAAAAACACUUUAUAACGAAAGUCAGGCUAAAAUGGGUGAAAAAUAGGGGUUUUGAUCAUGUAGUAAACAAGGAGACAGAAAUAAAAGCUGUUUGCAUGCUAAAAGAUAUUAUCAAGAAACAACCAAAUGAGUCCUUACCAGUGUCUUCUGUUGCGAAGAAGCAGGACCAUCUGGGCUUGACUAUUCCUGUUUUGAGGUUUAUGAGAAGGUACCCUACAAUUUUUGAGGAAUUUGUUGGACCCAAAUAUAAUGUCCCAUGGUUUAGAUUAACUAAGGAAGUUAGUGAUCUUCACAAUGUGGAGCAGGGAAUAAAUCAAGAACAGGGGAUGGAGUCUGUGCACAGGUUGUGUAAAAUGCUCAUGAUGAUCAAAAGUAGGACGCUUCCAUUAAACACUUUAGAGUCCUGGAAAUGGGAUUUGGGCCUUUCAGAUGAUUAUGUAGAGACUUUAAUUCCAAAUUAUCCUGAGUACUUGAGUUUUGUGAAGAUAUCUGGCAGUAGCCUUGGUGUGAAACUUGUAGGAUGGAAAGAUGAAUUGGCUAUUUCAGUUCUCCAGAAGAGGGCUGAAGACAAAGCUGGGGAUAUUAGUUAUAGGAAUUUCAAAAAGUCAGUACCUUUUGCCUAUGAAAUGAAUUAUCCACGUGGUUAUGGAAGAAUGAAGAAGGUUAUUUCUUGGAUGGAUGAAUGGCAAAAGCUUCCUUAUAUAUCGCCCUAUGAGGAUGUAUCUAAUCUUGAUCCAGAGAGUCACUUGAUGGAGAAGAGGGUAGUGGGUGUUUUCCAUGAGCUGUUAAAUUUGACCAUUCACAAGAGAACCGAGAGAAAUAAUUUUAGUCCCUUGCGUGAGGAAAUGAAGCUCCCUGCGAGAUUUACGAGGAUUUUCACUCGUUAUCCAGGAAUAUUUUAUCUUUCUCGGAAGUGUGCAAAGACAACAUUGACACUUAGAGAAGCUUACAAAAGUGCACAGUUGCUUGAGAAGCAUCCUCUUGUAGCAGUCCGAGAGAAGUACUUCUACAUGAUGAGAAUGGGAAUUCUUUACAGAAAAGCAGGGACAGACAGAGUAAAUGCUAAUACAGCGAGGUUUGAUCAUGGUUCAUCCGGCACUAAUGAGGAGGUCAGUGACGAAAGUCAUGAUCAAGGACUGUCUGAUGGUAGGGCUCCAACGGACAUUCAUGAUUUUAAUCGUGGCACGUUUGUUGACAAUGAUUACAGUGAGGACGAUGAUAAGGAUUUUUGACAAGAAUAUGGUGAUACAGAAAGUGAGAGGGUUAUGGUUACAUAAUUGCAAUCCAGGAAGGGCAUUUUUUUGUGAUGUUUAGGGACAUGGGCCAUUUUCAUGUCCAAACAGAUGAAGAACAUUGUAGACUCUGAAUUACUUGAGAUGGGAAGAUUUAUGUCAUGUCUCGAUUGGUAGUUGCUGGAGUUAUUUUCACAGUGUUUACAAUGCCUAUGGUCUUCAGAUGUCUAUAUAUGUUAUCUCAUGGUAACUUUAACUGGUAUGGUUCCUCUUUCAGAAGUUCAGUCUCGCCUUACAGGUUGUUUCACUUCUACUUAGAGAGUAAUAUGUUGGUUUCAGUUCUAGAAACCACUGUAUCCAAGUCAAAUGACCUGUAAUGAAAAGCAUUCAAAGUUUAGCUAUAUAAUCUGCUGUUCAAUC